AGUAUCGUGAAGGCAUAAGGACGGGUCGCUAUGUGGCUUCUGGACACGGAUGACGGCUCUUUCUUCUGGAUUGACCGGCCGCGAGAGCACCGCUAUGCCAUCCUAUCUCACGUCUGGCGUCAGGGGGGAGAAGAGACGUUCCAGGAUCUUAGAGCUCUGCAGAACGCGGAGAAAGCACGGAAGGGUUUGAAGCGGCGUUUACUCAAGAUUCGGACACCCCUCCCUUCGGUUCUGUCCCGAGCCUCGGACAAGAUCAGAGGCUGUUGCGCGGUCGCCAGGAAACACGGCUACCGCUGGGCGUGGAUCGACUCGUGUUGUAUUGACAAGACAAGCAGCAGCGAGCUCUCCGAGGCCAUCAACUCCAUGCACGAGUGGUACGCCGCGGCAGACGUCUGCUUCGCGCUCCUGGACGACGUCGGGGACGACCACGAUCCGCGCUUAAAGGACUCGAAGUUCCGCAGGAGCAGAUGGUUCACUCGCGGCUGGACCCUCCAGGAGCUCAUUGCGCCCGCAGUCGUCGUCUUCUUCUCCAAGGACUGGCGUCUCCUCGGGACGAAGGAACAGCUGGCGGAUCUCGUCGAGCAAAUCACAGGGGUCGACCGGGCGGUGCUGAGGCACGAGAUCCCUCUGGACGCGGUCAGCGUCGCCCGACGGAUGUCAUGGGCGUCGAAGCGGCAAACUACGCGUGAAGAGGACAGGGCGUACUCGCUCAUGGGCAUCUUCGGCGUCAACAUGCCAACGAUCUAUGGAGAAGGCCAGAACGCGUUCAUUAGGCUCCAGGAGGAGAUUCUCAAACACGUUCCUGACCAGACGAUCUUUGCGUGGGGACCCACCCUCUUCGACGAUGCCGUGCUUUACAAGGGCCUUGGCCCACGCUCCGUCGUGGACGACAGCAGAUAUUGGCAGUCGCGUAACCUGCUCGCUUGGUCGCCCGAUGCGUUCAUCACCUCGGGUGGCAUCUCGUCUAUUUCCCUCGAGGCGUUCGAGAACCGUGUGGGGUUAGCCUUUUCCUUCUCGGAAUAUCACGUCACGAGUUACGGUAUGCGGUUACGCGUGCCUCUCAUUCCCAUCCAACACGGUUCCAACAAGACGACGUAUUUGGCGAUUCUGGCUUGUGAGGAUGCUGCCGGGAACUUGCUAGCCUUGAUGCUCUUUCCUCAGCGCGAGGGCUCGAGCCGCUAUUACGUCGGCCAUUACGUUGGAAGCCCUCAGGUGCCUCCGUACGCAUACUUUCGGGCUGUGAGCCUGUCGAAAGCGCGGUUAUCGGAAAUUUUACAUACCGCGGGAAUCCAGGACGUCUGCAUCCCCUACCGCGCGUCCCUCAUGGGGCACCGGAAGCCUCAGCCCAUCGCAUCACCAGCCCUUUUCAAGUGUCCUUGUGACGUCGUCGUCCCAGGAUGGGUCGCAUCGAAGCUUAGGGAGGAAGGGUUCGCCGCCGCCGCUCUGCGAGAGAACAAUGACGACGACCUGACGCUGCACAUCUCGGAGGUGACCUCGUUUGCAGAUUCUAUCCUCGUGCUCAAGAGCGCCAAGGAGACAAUACGGAUACAUAUGGGUCGCUGUCCAUGCAUUGGACAGUUCCUGGCGGUCUCCGUAGUCGGCUCGGGCGAUGCGGGUCUGGAAAGGGCGGCGACAGUGCGGUCAGGCGGCAUGGUCUCGGGCUUUGACAAUGGCUUGCUGUCGUCAAGGCAAGACAAAAGGUCUAUUGCGUCUUUGGGAGCGGUAGAUCGCCCAUUCGGAGCGGCCAAAAUCGCGGAUCUCGCUCCUCGAUGUCCCACUGGACACGUUGCGGCCUGGGAAGGGGGAUCGAAGGAGUUUGCAUACGGCAAUCGGACUGUCCGAUUGACGUUCAGCGCGUGGUUAACUCGUCAGGACGUAUAUACAUUGGGUGUAGAGCUAGGCACGGAGGAGGUUCCUGAGGUUGAAUAGACUCACGCGUU